CAACAUCUGGCCCUGUUUCUUGCUCAGGGCACCUCGGGAGAGCGGCAGGACGCAUGUCCGCUGGAGGAGGGCACAGUUGGAAAUUAGCCUGACCAAGUAAAAGUCUGGAUCAAAGGUCGGUCUCAUUCUCAAGUAAACUCCCUCCAACCCUCUGACUUUUGGAUAAGAGCUGAACUGAGCCGGCCACGGCCUCACUCGGGGCCACUCGCACCAGCCCGGGGAGAGCAUCAGGACUCCUGCCUCCGAUAAUAAUGCCAACUGUGGAUGACAUCCUAGAGCACAUAGGGGAAUUUAACUUCUUCCAGAAGCAGACGUUCUUUCUCUUAGCUCUGCUCUCGGCCGCGUUCACCCCCAUCUACGUGGGCAUCGUCUUCCUGGCCUUCACCCCGGAUCACCGCUGCCUGAGCCCCGGGGUGGCCGAGCUGAGCCGGAGAUGCGGCUGGAGCCUGGCGGAGGAGCUGAACUACACAGCGCCGGGCCCGGGGGCCGCGGGCGAGGCGUCCCCUCACCGGUGCCGCCGCUACGAGGUGGACUGGAACCAGAGCGCCCUCAGCUGCGCGGACCCCCUGGCCGGCCUGGCGGCCAACAGGAGCCACCUGCCGCUGGGCCCCUGUCGGCACGGCUGGGUGUACGAAACGCCCGGCUCGUCCAUCGUGACCGAGUUUAACCUAGUGUGUGCCAGUUCCUGGAUGCUGGACCUGUUUCAGUCGGCUGUGAAUGUAGGAUUUUUUAUCGGUUCUGUGGGUAUCGGCUACAUAGCAGACAGGUUUGGCCGUAAGCUCUGCCUACUGGUUACAAUCCUCAUAAAUGCUGCAUCAGGACUCCUGCUGGCCGUUUCCCCAAACUAUACCUGGGUGUUAAUUUUCCGUUUGAUCCAGGGGCUGGUCAGCAAGGCAGGCUGGCUUAUAGGCUACAUCCUGAUUACAGAAUUUGUCGGGCUGAGCUAUCGGAGAACAGUGGGCAUCGUUUACCAAAUGGCCUUCACCGUUGGGCUCCUGGUGCUGGUGGGGGUGGCAUACGUGCUUCCUCACUGGAGGUGGCUCCAGCUCACUGUUUCCCUGCCCAACGUCUUCUUCUUGCUCUAUUACUGGUGCAUCCCUGAGUCUCCAAGGUGGCUGAUCUCCCAGAACAAAAAUGCUAAAGCCAUGAGGAUCAUUAAGCACAUCGCAAGGAAAAAUGGAAAACCUCUGCCAACCUCCCUUCAGAGCCUCAGACCUGAUGAGGAAGCUGACGAGAAGCUGAAUCCUUCAUUUCUUGAUUUGGUCAGAACCCCUCAGAUCAGGAAACACACUUUGAUCCUGAUGUACAACUGGUUCACGAGCUCUGUUCUCUACCAGGGCCUCAUCAUGCACAUGGGCCUUGCAGGGAGCAAUUUCUACUUGGAUUUCUUCUACUCUGCCCUGGUGGAGUUUCCAGCUGCCCUCCUCCUCAUCGUCACCAUUGACCGUUUAGGUCGCCGCUAUCCAUGGGCUGCAUCAAAUAUGGUGGCAGGGGUAGCCUGCCUAGCCUCGGUUUUUAUCCCUGAUGAUCUGCAGUGGCUAAGAGUUACAGUCGCGUGCUUGGGUAGGAUGGGGAUUACGAUGGCCUACGAAAUGGUUUGCCUGGUCAACGCGGAACUGUACCCCACAUUCAUCAGGAAUCUCGGUGUCCUUGUCUGCUCCUCCAUGUGCGACAUCGGUGGCAUUAUCACACCGUUCUUGGUCUACCGGCUCACCAACGUCUGGCAUGAGCUCCCACUGCUGGUUUUCGCUGUGAUUGGCUUGGUUGCUGGGGUACUGGUGUUGCUGCUUCCGGAGACCAAAGGGAAGGCUUUGCCUGAGACUAUAGAUGAAGCCGAGAACAUGCAGAGACCAAGAAAAAAUAAAGAAAAGAUGAUUUACCUCCAAGUCAAGAAAGUAGAUAAUCCGCUAAACUAAGAAGAGAGACCACUCUUGCUAUGGCCUUGCUGUGAUGAUACAAGUCCAGACCAGAGAUUUCUCCAUCCACCACAAAGCCCAUAUAAUUCAACCUUACCUCGUCUUGAACCCUACGAACCUAAAUCUAUAGCCAAAUAGAGUUUGUUGGCCUACUUAUUAAAAUCUACCCAGGGGACCAAACCCUACCAAGCUGUAGCAGCUCACUCCAUUCCCAGCAUUCCUAGGACAAUGCUAUUGGUGUGCUGGGAAUUGUCUUUAUCUUAUUUUAUUUUAUUCUUUUCUCCACAAUGAUAUCAAACCAAAACACAUAGGAGAAUCGUGGGCCAGGGAAACAGAACAGAGAAGAUCUGAAAAACUAUUAAGUAGAGCAGAGAGCCUUGUUUUCUUAAAGAAAUGAUACAUGUAAAGUAAUAUCAAGUUGUCCAGAAUGUAUGCCAAGAAAUUUAAAUUGGCCUUUCAAGUGACAUGGGUGACAAAAUUUUAAAAUACAUUAUUAUCUGGGUUAGAUUUUUAAAGGAAACUAAAAUAAAGAAUCAGAAAUACAACAUGAGUAAUCAGUAAGUCUGCUCCAUUUAGACGAGUUGAAUACAAAUGUGUGCUUUCCACAAAAAAAUCUGGAGAAGAGUUUGAUAGGGAGCAGUGUUGAAUUUGGCCUACUAAACCGAUGUGGUAAUGUCUCACCCUGAUAAAAAUUUCUCUAAAUUUGUGGUUUAAAAAAAUUAUAUUAAUAUUUUACCACGGUAAUAUAGUAAAUUAAUAUUUAGAAGCUAAAUACUUCAAGACCUAUAAUGAAAACAAAAGUUCCUUGCCCCAUUCCACCUCUACCAAUGCCUCCAGAAUAAUUUUCAACUAUUUCAGCUGUUUCUUUCUCUUGUGAUUUAUAUUUAUAUAUCUAAAUAACCUGCUUUAUAUUGAUAUGUCUUGCCUUUUUAACUUUAAAUAUUACAUUACUGGGGUGCCUGGGUGGCUCAGUCAG